UUCCACCUUUGGUGAGGGUACGAGCCCAAGUGAUUAAGAUUCGUCAAAACAACAUCGCAACGCUCGAGUGCGAGGUCGAGGCUUAUCCGAAACCCGACAUGCACUGGGAGAGCAGUUACGGCCGGCUGGAUACCAAGCUCGAAAAGUACAAGAUCACGGAGGAGGAGUACAGGCGAGACUACAAGUUCAGGAUCAGAUUGAAAAUCCUCAAGAUGUCCUCUUCGGACUACGGUGUUUACUACUGCGUGGCGAGGAACACCAUCAACACGACACGGGGGAUCAUAAACGUCAGAGACAACAAUGACAAAUCAGUCGAGCCGAAAGGCACCGGCGUCUUCGGCAAGCCAGCCCCACCGAGACCCCAAUACAGAAGUCUCUGCCCGCCCGAAAUUAAUUGCGACAACUGUCCGCGAGCGAAUUGCGGAUACUCGGGCAUAGAGGCGAAACCGUUGACAGGUAUAGGCAUCAAAGGCAUGCCGCCUCGAAUUGCCGAGGGCGUCAUAGGAGCCGUCGGUAUAGCCGUAUUCAAAGGCCAGAUGGAUGACACUUACGGCAUCUGGAUGCAGGACGCGUCGCCCAAAACCGAAGACACGGCCGGCAAGCUCUGGGUGACUCGCAGCACCGACACCUCCUACAUUUACGAGUACGCUCAGAUCGACGACUUCGUGCAGCAGAAGACGCCGAGGGUCAUUAAAUUACCCUAUCCGUUUCAGGGCAACGGUCACAUCGUUCACGACGGAUACUUCUUUUACAACCCGUACAAUCGCUCGUCAAUCGUGCGACUGGAUUUAACGCACUCCGAGGGCACAAUGUACGCCUACGGUAGGCUCGAGCUCGAGCUGCCCAGAUUGCGCGUCAACACGGGCAACUACCUUUAUACGCCCGAGCACAACUUCAAUUACGUCGACUUUGACGUAGACGAGAAUGGACUGUGGGUUAUCUACGGAACACCGAGCAACGGUACCAUCGUCAUGAAAGUCGAUCCGAACGACAUGACAGCCGAGUACGCCUGGGACAUAACCGUCGAUCAUCACAAGUACGGCGAGAUGUUCGUGGCUCGGGGUGUGCUCUAUGCCGUGCACAGCAUUUUCGAUUCUACCAUGAAUAUCAGUUUGGCCAUUGAUCUGUACCUGGGAAAACCGAUGAGCGUCAGCCUGUCUUUUUCAAAUGCCUACCGGAGUGUAACUAUGCUGAGGUACAAUUGCAUGACGAAGGAAUUAUAUGCAUGGGAUAAAGGAUCGUUACUCGCCUACCAGGUUCGCUAUUAAAUGCGUCCUUCAUUUGGACAAAACUGA